AUGGCCAGCUACUUCGUUACCGGCGCCAACCGCGGCAUCGGCUUGGAAUUGACCAAACAGCUCAGCGAGCUCCCAGCAACCCAAGUUUCCAAGAUCUUCGCCGCCAUUCGCUCGUCUCCUCCACAUGCUCUCCAGAAGCUGGUCGAAAGCUCGAACGGCAGAGUCGUCCCAGUCCAGGUCCAAGUCACCGAUCGCUCUAGCAUUGACAAGGCUGCCAACGAGGUAGCUGGAAUGCUGGACGGCAAAGGCUUGGAUGUGCUCAUCAAUAAUGCUGGCAUCCUUCCGCUGACCCAGGGAGGUAUCGAGAAAAUGCCUGAGCAAACUUUGCGGGAUGUCUUCGACGUCAAUGUCGUUGCCGUUCACAAUGUUAUCGCUGGGCUCUUGCCACUGUUGAGGAAGGGCGAGCAGAAGAAGAUUAUUACCGUGUACGUUUUCGACCACAUUGAUGUCGAAAGGCUACACAACAGCUAA